UAUCAACCAUUUGAAACGGCGUAUACUGUUAGGUUGACGAAGUUGUCAACUUGCCCAGCCAAACAUCGCAGGGCCCUAUCUAGGAUUCUCCGCAUCAUGGAGCAGAAUUGCAUCCACCAAACUCUAGCUCGCGCAUGCGAUUCCAUGGGGCUACAAUAUCAACAAACGCCGCGCCGGAGCAAACAAUUCGAAACCAGCCCUUGAUGAUGGGUAGCCCACUCCACUAUGAUGAGGCUCCCAAGUCAAAUGGCCGCCAAGUAGUAUGGAUGUGUUGCACUACUCACUCUGGAGCAAGGAAGGGGGUAUCCUCCUUCCCUCUAAUAGGUUCCUUCGAUUGGCUGCCGUCCUUGGCUUUGGCUGGGCAACCCCUUCAUUCCCAAAGUCGUCCGCGCUUGUUGGUGCGCAAGUAUCGUGCCCUCCACUGCGACCAGCUUUUGCGGGUAGCGGUUGAGGAUGCAGUGAGCCAGCAAUACAUGGCGAGAGAAAGAGGUCAUUAUUGGGAAGACCAGUACUACAAAGCUGUGGAGCAGCUAUGUUUAAUUGUGACAACGAUGCCGAAGAAUGCCGAAUGUUAUGCUCUACUAGUCGACGCAAUGGAAAAGGAUUUUCGGAGCUGCAAGGCUGGUGUUGAAAGCGGGAGCGCUCAAUGGAGGCUGAUAUCACAGGCCAAGGCGCUUGUUCCAAACGGAUCCAGCAAUCUGGUCAGUGCCAAGCGCCAGGACGCCAUGGUAGGUCGGCAGCAUUGCGACUUGUGAAGAAGAGAAGGUCCUAUGGCGAGCCCAGUCUGUGCUGAAAGCCGUUGUCAGAGCCUCCUGAUGGGCU